AUGGCUCUCAAAUCUGUCUCUUUCAUCAUGAUUGCUUCCUUCUUAUUGGCCUCCUCCCUUUUCGGUGUCUCCACCGCCUUUGGCGGCCGGAAAGCCAUGGCCCCAGGCGGCGGCGGCGAAGUGACGGCUAACCCACCGGAUUUCGGUAUCAAUUUGGGGUUUUUACCAAUAAACCCCGAGGAUCCCAAAGUGGUGGCGAUCGCAAAGUUCGCCAUCGAAGAGAACAACAAAGAGCACAACGCGAAUCUGGUUUACACCACCGUGUACGAGGCGCUCUACGCUGAGGAUGCUCAGGGGACGAGAAAGUACGCCCUUGUUGUGGCGGCGACCGACGACAAAGUGUUGAAUGACUACAGCGUUAGUGUCGUCGUUGCGAAAGGCUCCCAGAAGGUUGUCGCCUUCCAAGAAAACAAAUGA